UCUCACUUUUCCACUUGAUUCCACUUGAAAACAUCUAGACUUAAUAACAUGCAUUUUUUUUCACAGAGGUCAACUUCCAUGUCUUUCAAAUAUAAUAUUGAUAUAGAAAAAGAUGGAAAAACUACUGAAGCUCUAACUUUGUUUUCCUUCUUAAACGCUGUUAUUGUCCUUUUUCUUUUAAUACGUGACGCCUUUACGUUGCAGCUGCUGUGAUGAUGUUGGAGUGAGAGCAGCUGCAGGAGUUUGGACACGUGACCGUCCACACAGGAAGAAGAGUGAAGAAGUGAGUCAGAGAUUCCUCUCAGUCCAAACACCAUGCCGUGCUGCAACCUGCUCGGCCUGUGUCAGUACGACACCAACAAGCUGGUCCGGAUCCAGAGCGUCCGGCUCGGUUCUCUCAAGUGGAGUCUGAACGCAGCCAUUCUGCUGUUUAUCUGCAUCAUGAUGCUGUGGAACAGAAAGUACCAGGAGUUUGACCUGGUCGUGAGCUCCGUCACCACCAAGGUGAAGGGUGUAGCUCAGACCCGCCUGCCGGGAGUCGGGGACGUGGUCUGGGAUGUGGUGGACUACAGCGGGCCCUCGCAGGACAAAAACUCCUUCUUUGUGGUGACCAAUGUCAUUGUGACAAAGAAUCAGCAGCAGGGAAAAUGCCCAGAGGCUCCUCGUAAUGGCAGAUUGUGUCGGACUGAUAAGGACUGUGAGAAAGGAGCCUGGGACCAGCAGAGCCACGGGAUUCAGACGGGAUCGUGUGUGAAGUUUGACUUGUUGAAGAAGACCUGCGAGGUCUCCGCCUGGUGUCCGAUCGAAAGCAAGACGACCCCUCCGAGGCCUGCUCUGCUGGAAGCAGCGGAGAACUUCACAGUCCUCAUCAAAAACAACAUCCGAUUCCCUGCAUUCAACUUCUUCAGAAGGAACAUCCUCCCAAACAUGAACGACGCCUACCUGAGGAGCUGUCAGAGAGGAAACGACUCGCUGUGUCCCAUCUUCAGACUGGGAGACGUGGUCCGAGAGGCCGGGGAAAAGUUCUCUGUAAUGGCCGUCGAGGGCGGCGUCAUCGGCAUCCUGAUCAAAUGGGAGUGUAACCUGGACCGGCUCAUGCAGCGCUGCCUGCCCAGAUACUCCUUCAGGCGGCUGGAUGAGAAGGAGAGCAACAGGACGCUGUACCCCGGCCUCAACUUCAGAUAUGCAAAGUACAACACAGUGAACGGAGUGGAGGAGCGAACGCUGUACAAAGCAUUCGGCAUCAGGUUUGACGUCAUGGUCUUUGGACAGGCGGGAAGGUUCAGCUUCAUUCAGCUCAUCAUCUACAUUGGAUCAACGCUGUCAUACUACGCUCUGACGACCGUGUUGCUCGACUGGCUGAUUGGAACCAGCUGUUACUCUGCAGAGGUCGGACAGAACUACUCCGAGAAGAAAGUGGAGCCGGUCCAGGACAAACAGAAGUGUGUCCUCUGUGUUUCCUACGUCGAUGAGAGCAACAUUCGACUGGUGAAGAGAUCGCUGAAAAAAAGUUUACAAGACGUCAAACCCAUGUCCUUCCAGCCACGUAAGGAAGACACGGGACACCUGAGAAGCGCUCUGUGUCUGCUACAGCCCGGUGCCGCUGCCGAUCAGGACGCUCAGCCUCCUCUGGACCAUAGACCCGACCCAAAGCCCAAACCUCACCGUCCGGCCUGGUGCAGGUGUGACUGCUGCACUCCCUCCUCCCUCCCGCAGGAGGAGCUGUGCUGCAGGCGGAGCGACGGCGCCUGCAUCACCUCCUCCCCUCUGUUCGAACAGCUGGUGUUACGCCGCCCCCUGCUGGAGGCCGUCCUCCUGUACCGGGACCCUCUGUCUCCCCCCGCCGAUCGAGGCCGGACCACCGCCCUGCGUCACUGCGCCUACACACAGUACAUCAGCUGGAGAUUUGGAGACGCAUCCAACGACACCCACCCGGCCAUCCCCAGGUGCUGCGUGCAGAGAGUCAGGGAGGAGUACUCCAGUCCGGACGGGCAGUACAGCGGCUUCAGGCCUGCCAAUAUGGUGUCCAUGGAGGCCUGCGCCAACGGAGAGCUGUGAGAGGAGGGUUUCCACAUUACAGAGCAGGGACUCCCCCGCUCACUGACCUGCUAACAGUGUUUUUAUGUUCGACCUUACAAAGCCAAAAAAUGCAAUAACUUCACUCACCUGGGUGGAAAAUGAAGAGUCAGUCAGUUUUUGUCAGCUUGUGUUCAGUCGGAGGCAGGAUGAAAGGAUGAGUGGAUGAAAGGAUGAGUCAUUAAAUCUCUGCAUUGUCUAAGAUCAUCCGUCAAGUCAUUUGGCUGCUCAGUGUGAAGCUAUUUUUCUCUCUCUUUAAGCAGCUUUUGGCCUUUUUAUAGAGCAGAAAUAUCAUUUUUAACAUCACUGACAGAAGGAAUGUGCUCACAUCCGUCAUGUCAUAUGGAAACAUGAAGAGUUUAGUUCAGUAUGAGAUAGAAAAGCAGCAUUUAAAGAAAAAACUAGAAUCACCUCCUCGUGGUUGUCUGCCUCCUCCACUCAGACUAGUUUCAGGUUACAUCCCUGUUUAUCCAGUCAGAGAAAAUAUGAACCAUCUCUGUGACAUUUUGUCAUAAUUGCUGUGAAGUCUUGAGCAAUGGCUAAAAAGUGUUUUGUGAGGUGACCUUGACCUUUUGACCUUGGAUCACCAAAAUCUAUUCAGUUCGUCUUUGAGUCCAAGUGAAUGUUUGUGUCAAAUUUAAAGGGAUUCUCUUGAGGAGUUCUGGAGAUAUUACGUUCACAAGGCCAAAAUCAUGUUUUGUAAGGCCACUGUGACCUUGACCUUUUGACCUUUAGCCACCAAAAUCUAAUCAGUUCGUCCUUGAGUCCAAGUGAAUGUUUUUGUCAAAUUUGAAGAAGUUCCAUCAAGGUUUUACUGAGAUAUCAUGUCCACGAGAAUGAGACGGACAACCUGAAAACAAUAUGGCUUCCGCUCUGAAUGUCGCCACCGCAGAAGAAUAAAAACUUGUAUUUCAAAUCCAGAUCAUGUCACAUGGCAGCAAAGUGGCUGUUUUUACACUUUGGCUUCUGCACAGAUUCAUAUAAGAUGUUGAUCCCUGAGCUUUGGAGGUGCUGGGUGGUGGGUUCAUCACCUACAAACAUAGCCAGGCUAGCUGUUUCCAGUCGUCAUGCUAAGCUAAGCUAACCACCUGCUCGCUGUAGCUGUAAUAUUAACCAUACAGAUGUGACAGUGGAAUCAAUCAAAGUCAAAUAUUUCCCAAAAUGUUGAACUUGUCCUUUGAGGCACAAGACUAACACUCUGAUGUCACUGUUGGCAAGAAAAGAUAAUAAAUCUCUUUCCUAAAAUCUUGAA